UGGCAUUGAGAGUCGCUUGCAAACUUUUCCCAAAGCUCGAGUUCCAGACACACCCGAACGCUCGUGUUGUAAGGACCUAUAUCAGAGUAACCCCACCAUAUCAAGAUGGCCGCCGCAACCCCCCUCAAGGACCUGCCUAAGGUGGACGCCACCCUCAAGGACCAGCUCGAGGGCUUCACUCCCGACAAGCUCAAGCCCGCCCAGACCGAGGAGAAGACCGCGCUGCCCACCAAGGAGGACGUGCUGGCAGAGAAGGCGCACCUCGAGCAUUUGGCUGGCAUAGAACACGGCGCUAAAACCAAACUAAAGAGAACAAAAACUGCUGAGAAAAUUGUUCUCCCCUCCAGCGAAGACAUAGCCACGGAGAAGACGCAUCAGAGCAUCUUCCAGGGCAUCGAACACUAUGACAAGUCCAGCCUCCAGCACACCGAGACUAGCGAGAAGAUUACGCUGCCUGACCAGCAAGACAUCGCGGCUGAGAAGGACCAGCAGGCUCUGCUCUCUGGCAUUGAAAGGUUCGACGCGAGUGCCCUCAAGAAAACCGAGACCUUGGAGAAGAACCCGCUACCUACCAAAGAGGAAAUCGAGCAGGAGAAGGCGGCGUAAGUUCCUUCACCUGCACCUGCUUGAGUCCCGUCCUGCACCUGCUACAUCUGCUGCGUGUAACUGCUCUGCAGCUGCUGCAUCUUCCACUCUGCUCAAGAUCACUGAAACUGGUGCACUUCUACAACCGCUACAUUAUUUCGUCUCGUUGAACAAGCAACGCUAAUACAUCUUCUAUUUUCUACUGCUAAUAACCUGGUAACUUGCGUCUAGUUAGCCCUCAUCAGAACCAAUUGUCGCCAUUUCAACACUUCAGCCCACAAAUCAGCAGCAGUCUCCAUUUCAACCCAGCAGCGAGGUUCAACGCGGGCCGCAAGUCGGGACAUGGCUCGUUAAUUCUGCCAAUUAUCAUCAACUGGUCGUGACUGCCGUGUGUGUCAACAAGUUAUUUGUGUCUCUCUGUCAACGUGUACCUGUCAUGAGGUUAAUGUGCGUUUCUUGAUGGCUUUUACCUUGGAAAUGUUGAAGCUUUGAAUUCGAACGAUUUCUUGCCUAUUGAAGAAGUAAACGAGUUUGUUGAAUGGAAUGAACUGGAGCGUUUGUUACCCGUGAAAGUUUUCUAUGAUGCGUGUGUGCAUUCAAGCGCAACUCUGUAUUGUAGUUGUGUACUUCUGUGUGUAGUUCUGUACUCCUGUGUACAUUGUGUGAUCAGCAGUGUUGAGGUUACGCAUGGAGCACAUGCCUGUAUUAGGGCUGUGUAAGUCUAAACUAAUUUUAUGGCCGCGGCGGUCCGACCUCUAAAACAGUGGAUAAAAUAACAAAAAAAGUUGACUAGUUCCUAAGUUUGUAUUAAUAUGAAUAAUUGCCGAGACGAGUAACAGCGGCCAGCACACCACACGUCCACUAACUGCUUGCGAAAAGUUUACGUCUUAUAUCUACUUCUAUGAACCAUUGAACCUCUUACUCGUAUUAUUUGAUACAACGCUUAUGAUUUAUUUAUUUUUAAAGAUCCUCUGAAAAAUUGAGUCUAGUGAUGAUAGACUUCUUAAUUCAACCGUUCAACCUAUCCGUCUCCCAGAAAACACUGAUAACUCUGCUCAGUUGCGUAUUAGUCACCAAGGACACUAACAACUACUCUCCAUCCUUCACUAGUUUCUAGUGGACUCGUCCUAGGAAUUCUAGAGGACAAUACGGAGCUGUGAAGCCGUGAUGGUUGUGUUGGUGCGUCAGGUUAAGCUAGAUUACUCAUCAAUUACGCCAUUAUUUACUAGAGCAAAUUCCUGCCGUUACUAUAUUUUUUUAUAUCGUCUUCCUUAGAAAGCCUGGAAAUUAUCUCUCCAUUCGUUUAUAUUCGUCCAUUGGUGGAAGAGAUCCGAAAUUAAGAAUUAAUUAGUAAUAAAGUCAAUCCUGCUCUCUGUAUUAUUUGAAUUAAGUAGCUUUUUCACUUGUUUCGUCUUUAGGCUGCUUAUAAGGCUUGUCGUACUUACGUAUAUUUUCAAGAGAAAGCUUGAACUGUCGUGAAGCACAGCAUUGCUGUAAUGGUUACCUCUCGAAGCUUUAUGCAAGUAAUAUGGUCUUAAUUUGAAUUCAAUUGUAUCAACGUGUUACUUAAUUGACAAUAACAAGCAUCAAUUGUAGGAAUUUGGAGGGAAGCAAUUGUGUAAAGUAUGACAAUACUAACCUCGCCAAUUACAUGUAAAUUCGAGACAUCUGUGGUAUAACAUCCAGAAUAAAAGAGUGCGCACGGCUCA